GUAUUUCUUGGUUUAUUCUGAUAGAGAUGAAGACCGAAGACGAAGUAGAGAAAUUGCUGGAGGCUGCCCAAGAUGAAUUGCUUCUAAAGAUGUCCGUCGAUUCACAUACAACUCACCCUACUCUCUCCCCUCAUCUCCACCGUCGAUUUCAAGCUCUCAAAUCUCCGCCGCCUCCUCCUUCUGCUAAAACUCCAAUUCAUUUUCAAUCCUCCACAAAACCCACAACUCCUCCUCCUAAUCAAGACGAUCUACUAGCUAGAUUCGCUGCUCUCAAAGCCACCACCGCCUCUUCUUCCUCAUCUAAUUAUGCUGCCACUAGCGCCGCUCUAGCCGACGGUGAUGAUAAUGACGAUGAUGACGAGGUAGAGAAGAUAAUUCGAUGGGCGCAGGACGCUGCUCGUCUCGAUCCUUCUCCUCCUUCCGAUGACGACGACGAUUAUAUUUCUGACGGCGACCAAAUUGAUACGUCCGAUGACGAGGAAGAUAAAGUAGACGGAAAACGUAAAAAAGGCUCUGCGUAAUUAUUUGAGCUGAUUGUAAUCUAUUUUCCCAAUUGGAAAUCAUUAUGAACUUCAAAUUUCGAUUGUUACUAAACCUGAGUUUAAUUUCUAGUAUCUAUUUAUUUGUUAA